CCUUAUAGGAAGGGUAGAAAAAACUACUACUCCCAGCAUCCCACGAGAGGCCUUUUCCCUGGGGCAGAGUUCGCAGUCUGACUGGGAAGGAUUUGAAGCCACGGGUGUGUAUACCUGUUUUUCCUGUCCGGGUUGAAAACUGAAAAGUUUCAUGCCUUAGGAAUUUGAUUAUUGAAGUGGGCUUUGAUUCAAAAUCCACUAUUAAGAACGUUUUUCCUCUCAUCAAGGAUCUAUGAGUACUCUGAGGCCUGGACUUUGGGUCCAGGGAGGCAUGAACUUAGUAAGAUUGAGAGAGUUGUUUCUGAACAAAAUAAAAGAAACCAAGAUAUCAUCAUAAGGAAAACCUGGGAGUGAAACUGAUUACAUUACAUCCAGAAAAGAGAGGGGGGACAAAAAUGACCGACAAUGGAUAUAGAAAUCCUCAAGAAGAAUGUCAAAUGGGAGAGAACUUGGAAGAAGACUCAAUAAUGCCUCUUCAGUCUCAGGAGGAUAUAACGGUAUCAACUGCCAUUGAAGAAAUCCAGACUGGAUGUCCUGUUUCUGGACUUGAGACAGAGCAGGAGGAAAACCAAGAUGAUCCAUCCAGUAAUAAACAAGGGGAUCCUCACAAUUCAGAAGGAUUGUGUGAAAAAGUGUUGGAUCAAAACACUAACAAUUCUCUAAGUGAAAAGGAAAGUCUGUCCCUUCCCCAGGAGAACAUUUCUGCUGUUCUCAGAGAAGAUAAUGAAAAAUCUAGGACUUCACAGGAGCUUAAUACUGAUCAAAAGUUUCCAGACACUGCGGAAACCCAGAGCUCAGUUCCUGCUAAAGAAGCAUUAGAGACUGAGGUUAUGGUGAGGAAACGAUUUGCAGUACAAGAGGUUAAAAGUCAUCAGCAAGAACCAGUGGAAACACUCGUACCUGGAGAAACCAAAGAGAGGACCCAGAAUGUGGGAAAGAACCUUGAAGAGAGCAAAUUAGCUACUUAUUCCAAAAUUCUAAAAAGACGCCUCAUCUGUCUUUUGGCAGUGUGCCUUUUUGUGGUGGUCAUUGUCUCCAGGUGUGGCAGCUUCUCUUCCCAGGCCCAGCGGGUGCCAAGAAACCCCGCUUUGGAAGCCUUCUUGGACCAGUUCAGUCAACUGAAGGACAAGUUUCCAGGCCAGAGUUCUUACCUCUGGCAGCGGGGGCGCAAGUUCCUUCAGAAGCACCUGAAUAAUUCCAGCCCCACAGAGCCAGCCACUAUCAUCUUCACAGCUGCUCAGGAGGGCAAGGAGACCUUGAAGUGCCUGAGCCACCACAUUGCUGACGCCUACACUUUCUUCCAGAAUGUCUCUGCCAUCAGGAUCGAUGGUACUCAGCGUGUCUCUGAGGACAGUGACACUAUGAAGCUGCUGGUGGAUAUUGAGCUAAGCACUGGGUUUGAGGUUGGACAUAAAGCCGCCGUGGUCCAUCGCUUUGAGUCCCUGCCUGCAGGCUCCACUUUGAUUUUCUAUAAAUAUUGUGACCAUGAGAAUGCAGCCUUCAAGGAUGUCGCCCUAGUGCUGACAGUUCUACUAGAAGAGGAGACACUUGACGCAGGUGUGGGUCCACGGGAAACUGAAGAAAAAGUGAGGGAUUUGCUUUGGGCUAGGUUCACUAACUCGUCCACUCCCAGCUCCUUCAAUCACAUGGAUUCAGACAAACUGAGCGGCCUGUGGAGUCGCAUCUCUCACCUGGUGCUGCCAGUCCAACCAGUCAAGAAGAUAGAAGAAAAGGGUUGUCGUCUAUAAAGCUAAGCACAGAAUUCUAUCAAGUAUAGGCUUUUACACUAAGGACAACAUAGAUAUGAUUGGUCUUUGAAAACUUUUGAGAGAAUCACUCUGGAAAGUAGCAUAUUAAUUUUAGGACAAAUUUGCACUUUUUAAAUCUUUUUACCUCUUGUGAAAGCUUCCUCAAUGAAAACUGAUGAAAUCAAUCAGGUCUGAAAUGCUGCACAAUAAUUUUUUUUUUCAAUUGAGAGUCCUUUUUAAAUAUGAAUAGAUAACAUCACAGUUAACUGCAUUAGGAUAAUAUUCUUCUAAGGUUUUACUACAGGGUCUUCAUUACUCUCUUAAGUGAGAAUAUAAGAAGGCAUCCUCUUAUCAGAGAGUUAAUAUUCUCAUUAGAGGAAUCUAGUCAAAGACAAUAAAGUUUUAUUGAAGAAGAUAGCACCAGGUAGAUUUUCUAAAGUUUAAAUGACCAGUAUUUUUCAAAGUGAAAACCGACCAAGGACCAGGUUUCCAGGUAGUUGAAUUAUUGCAUCCAGAACUCUGACCAUUUAGUGAGCUGUUUGUGAUAUAUUUGAUCUCAUGAUGGGGGUUAGUGUGUCUUUUUUGGGGGGAGUCAUGUUUCUGUGUGAAGUUCAGGAUAAAAGAAGACACACCAAAGAAAUUACAGAGAAAGGUAGUUGAAUGUAUCAAAGUAGUGUAAGGAUCUGGAAUUUGUUGAGAAAAAAAAGUCCUGGGGUGAACUGAGGUACAUUAUUUUUAUUUAAAAAGACAAUAAGGAUUUAGCAAAGUAUUUUGGGAAAUAAGUAUAAUGGGAAAAUACAUAGAUUUUUAAAUCAAGUCUUUGAGGUUAGGCCCAGUUUGGCAGGAGGUAGCCCAACUUUAGUUUUGUAAUUUUCUGACUUAAUGAUGGAAUCUCAUCCAAAUUGAGGGUAAGAUAUGAUAAAGCAUUAGUGGAUAAUUAAUAUCCUCAUAUAAUAUAAAAUAUAAUAUAAAACCGUAAAAAGAAAAAAAGUCAGAAAAAAUGAUCUAGUGUUUUGUUCCUUCUAAUAUAAGUAAAACCAAUGGUGCCUUGAAGAACUAUUACAUUGGUCCAUAGAAAUGAAAACUACUUCAGCUUGUUCUAAGGGAAGAACCAGAUUGGUUCUGUUUUGUUAGCACCUGAUACUGGGAUUUUUUCUUUAUUCACUUCAACUUCAAUUUUUCAUCACCUCCACUUCAAGUUGUGACCUAGAAAUGUAAAUAUUCUUAGUCAUUUAUUCUUUGCUUUUACUAAAAACACACAUAACGAUCAAAGUUAAUUCUCUCAAGAUAUUUGUCAAGUUUAUGUAUUCAGCUUCAAAGACCAUUUUAAUAAGAGCACUAUAUUAAGAGAUCUUCCAUCUUCUUACAUAAGGAUUAUUUUUUAAAGCUUAAGACCAUAUUUUUAAAACAAAAACUGACCAAAGUCUGUAAUCUAUUGUAAUCUCUUAAAUUAUUCUCAACAGAUUCUUAUAAAUGCUAUUCAGAUUUUAAAAUAACCUGUUCAUACUACUUUAUGUUUCAUUACUUAUAUGUUACUUGCUUAGCUUAAAAGAAUUGUUUUCUUAGACAUAUAACAGUACAUAAUAUAUGACUUGUAGCUUUAAACUUUUUCAUGUAUACAUCUGAAUUAAAAAUAAGCAAACAUAGAAACCAAUCCUUUAAUGUUAAGGUUGGAAAAGAAAUCUGAAAUCACAAAUCUUGCCUGUCGAUUAAGAUUCUUCUUUUAUCUUGAGCUUCAGUUUUCAUCUAGUGGCUGUUAGUAUACUUGCUUGAAACAAACAAACAAACAAAAAAAAAACGGGGACUACUGUCAGAUUCAUUCAAGAGAAGUUUCUAAUAUCAUUGGUCUAGCAUCAUUCAGAUUACUUUUCAAAUGUGCCUUUUCUCUGGUUUAUGCUAAAGUUCUAGAUCUCAGGUUGUAAUGUAACUGAUGAAGAGGUCUUAAAUUUCCAAAUCCCUAGAAUGAAGAAUUCAUUAAUUAACCUCAUUUCCACUGCCCUUAACCUCUGGCUCUAUAAUGGUGUUUCUCAAACUUUUAAAUUUUUAAAAAAAUAAAGAAUAUAAUGUAUUAAGCUGUAUGAGAGCAUGAGAACAAAACCAAUAAGUUCUAAAAUCCUUGUGUAUUCAAAGAAUAAUUUGUAGAUAGUUAGCAAAGAACUAUAUAACAUAUAUUUAUCCCUUCCCUUCCCAAACUGAUCCCUUUCUUCCCAAAUCAUUUCUACUUUGUUUUUCAGUUUCUAUUAAUCUUUUGGUAAAAAACCGUAAAGUGGUUACUGUAAUGCAAGAAACAUCCUUAUAUUCUUUUCGCUUAUUGAAAAAGCCAAUUUUAUCCUCUAGAAAGAUGAUAUUUCUGAUUUAAAAAAGGAUCUAAGCAUUCUGAAGCAUUAGGUUUGGAAGCACUGCCAUUGAGAAAGGACAAGAUGUUGGCCCUCAAACCAAAUAUAUUCAAUUAUGUAAAAUAAGAAAGUGGUAUUUGUAUUAAUAUCAAAAUUCCUGAUAUUCCCCAGGUCCUUUCACAAUUUCAUCAUUAUGUAAAAGUGGCUGCUUUUGCAUUUAUUUUUCAUGGAUGAUAAGGAAUGUGCCUUAUUCAAUGUAGUUUGUCAUAACCAAAAAUAAAAUCCAAUAAUUUAUUCUAAAUAACUGAUUCUUGACUGAGGCUGAUGAAAUUAAUACAUUGCAGCUUUCAGGUUAUUGUGUUAUGCUUUUCAUUUGGCAACAGUUGAGUUUAAAAAGAAGAGGCAAAGAAUGUUAGAUGUAUCAAAUGAUUUUGUAAUAAUCAGCUUUGUAAGGGCAUUUGUGCCUGGAAUAUACCACUUUUCAUUCAGAGACCUUGCUAUUUUCAUUUAGCAUCCCUCAGAGUAAUAACUUUCUACCUGCUAUUGAUCAUAUUAAAUUUAAUAUGAAAUAAUUUGUCUAUAGUAAGGGUGGGUGAUAGCUGUGAGUCUUAAGGGAAAUGAGGUGAUCUUAAUGCAACUAAGAGAUGAUGGUGAAGGGACAUGCCAGUCAGUAGCUCAGAUGGAAACUCAUAUUCAGGGACUACUCUUCAACUUUUCAUUUUCAGAAACUCAAUUUUAUCAGUUCAUCCAGUAAGUGAUCAAGUUCUAGGAGACUGGAUAACAUGAACCAGAUUUUUUAAAAAGAGAUUCAUAAUUAAUAAAUUAGAAUAUCAGUAUAUUACUUUACAAUUGGGAUAUACCAUUUUGGUGACCAAAAUAAUCAUAUUUGUGAUCCAGAGCUGCUGGUUUUUCUUUUAAUAAUUCUGGAGAAACUAAAUUAUUAUUAAUAGUAAUAGCUGAUUAGUAUAGUAAAUUAAAGUUCACAAAGCACUUUUCAUACAUUAUCUCAUUUGUUCCUUGCUCUGCUAUGAAGCAGGUGUUACAUCAAUAUUCUCCCUUUUACAAUUGAGGAAACUGAGACUGAGGAAUUAAGAGUCAUGGUAAAGUAGAGUCAAAGCCAGUUUUUGUCUUCUUUCAGUUCUCACCUUCUUUCUACCAUACCAUUGUGAGGCUUUCUAUCCAAGUAAUGAGAGUUUUUCCACUUUUUACUCUAACAUAUAUUUUCUUAAUGAUUAGAAUACUUGCAUUCUUCAGAGAAUGUAUUGCUUUUCCUUUAGCAAUGCCAGAUAACUGACAAAUUAUAUUAAAUUCUUUUGAAACAUUUCUUAUGAAGAAUGAAACACUUGUUCCUAAAUUCUGAGAAAAUGUCCUAUUUGAGACUUAUCAUUCCUCUAUUCAUUGACUACAGGCCUUAAACUUUCUAGGGAAUUUUAUAUUUGUGUAAUUUGCUUUAAUAAUUGUUUUGGUAAAUAAAAAUACUACAUGCUUAGAA